CACAGAGAGGUCACAGCAGCAUCUUCGGAGCCAAUUCUUUUGUUCUUUGUAAUGACCAGGGUUGCACUCUUGCUUCUCGAUGACCUCCUCACCGCAGAGGGCGCUGAUUUUGCGGACUUGGGAAGAAAGCUUAUCCAGUCUGCAGUAGCCCAAUACCCCCAGUCUGACGUCGACGACUUAGAGUUCACCAAGUUCGACUACAUAAGGAACAACGACAACCUCCCUGAGCUGGAUGGCACGUACGAUCUGAUCUACCUUACGGGAUCCCGCAAAGAUUCGUACGAGAACAUCCAGUUUAACAACAAACUGAUUGCGUUUCUGAAAUCCGUGGUUAGCAAUGCUGAUUCAAAGACGAAACUUCUUGGGAUCUGUUUUGGACACCAGAUCAUUGCCCGGGCAUUGGAUCUCACGACCGUGCCAAACACCAAGGGAUGGGAAAUGGGCAAUACGGUAGUCAGCAUUGCAGACAAGGAGUACCAGCGGCUGAACAAUGCAAAUAUCCCGCACGAGUUUGUCAUCUCAGAGAUGCACAGAGAUAUCGUGUCUACACCGUUUGACAGCAAACAGCUGAAAACUCUCUCUGAGCUGGAUGUAUACACUUUUGGCUCGUCGUCGAUCUGCUCGGUCCAGGGACUCUACAAGCGUGGGAAGCUGCUAAGUUUCCAGGGUCACCCUGAGUUCUCUGCCGAGCUAACGGGUGCCAUGAUCAGGGAUAAAUUCUCGCAAGGUGCCGUCGAUGAAGAAUUCUACAAGGACGCUUCAGCAAGAAACCAGAAGCUGCACGAAGACGGUUCCGACCCGGAUGGAGGACUGAAGCUCCAGAAAUGGAUAGCAGAGUUCUUAUACGAGUCAUAAACGACUACAGACGAUUUUUCUAGAUCAAAAUUUUUAUAUAUUAUAAUAAAUAGCUGUGAUUAUACGCUAAAUAUAGUUAAUUCAAUGUACAAAUAAAUUAUGGAAACACAU